UGUAAGCUAUAAGUAAGGUAAUGAAUCUGAAACUCUUGCAAUUAUUCGCGCCUAUUUUGCUUUUUAACAUAUUUUUCUUCAUGUUAUUGAAGUAAUGUGCAUUUCAGUCAUUUAACUUAAUAAUAAUUUAUGAUUGUCUUAAAAUGUCUCAGAAAUCCAUACUGUCGUUUUUCAAACAGACUGAUAAGUCUUUGCAGUCCAACAAAUCUAAUGACAGUGGUAAACUCUCCCUUAAAAGUGAAACUUCUAAGGAAUCAGCGGAACUUAAUGGUCAUAAUGAAAAAGAAGGUUCUGCAGCUGACUGUAGUAAUUCAUCAAAAAAACAAAAUGGUUUUGAAUUAACGGAAAAUGAUAGUCCAAUAAAACAAGGUAAAAAGCGCAAAACUCGUCUUAUAGAUAGUGAUGAAGAGUCAAAUCAAUCUCAAAAUGGGGUUUCAAAUACUGUUAAGAAUGAAUCAGAAAAAAUGGAAGUUGAUGAUAGUCAGGAAGUUGGAGAAAGUCUUCAAAGUAAUAACUCUUCAACAAAACUGAUAGGAAAACAACUGUUAUCAAGUGAAGAUUCUCUGCAAAAUGUGAAAGAGUCUUCUUCAAAAAAGAUCAAACUUGAAGGUAAUUCCCCUGGGAAAACCAAUGUGCUCAGCAAUUUAUCAGAUUCUAGAGUUAACUCUCAAUCACCUUCUUCGUCAAUUUUAUGUAAUAGAAACUCUAAACUGCCUCCACCGCCUAAAAGAAAAACAGCACGCAAAUCUAUGAAAGCUUCAAAUGCUAUUGAAACGAGUUUUGAAGAAGAUUCAACGAAGCAAUUUCCAAGCAUCGAAACAUAUGAAGAAGAGGUGGUUAAAAAAGAUUCUUCAACUAAAGAUGAAAAUAAGACUUCAAAAAUUAAAUCUGAUGAUAUUGAAGAAAGUAAAGAAGAAUCUUCGGAGAAAAUUACUUCUUCCAAGAAACCUCAAGCAAUUCACCCUUUUUUUGCCAAGAAAGAGUCUCCUGUAAAAUCAAAAAAUGUAUCUGAGAGUGAAAAAGAGGAAGAGAAGAAUAGCUCAUCGGAUGGGGAAUCUGAGUCCAAGAAAAACAACAAGAAUCCUGAUGAUUCAGAAAAGGUUGAUGAAUCGUCAAAUGAAAAAGCUAAAAAGAAAACUGUAAAUUCUAGUUCCUCUGGAGUUCAUUAUGACCCUUCAAAAAGUAAAUAUCAUCCCAUUGAAGAUGCUUGUUGGAAACGUAAUGAAAAAGUUCCCUAUCUUGCACUGGCUAAGACAUUGGAAUUUAUUGAAAACACAAGUGCUAGGCUGAAGAUAGUUGAAAUUCUUGCAAACUACUUUCGUUCCGUCAUUGUUCUGACACCAGAUGACCUCUUGCAGUCUGUGUACCUGUGCCUAAAUCGCAUCGCUCCAGAGUAUGAAGGUAUUGAGUUGGGAGUUGGUGACAUGGUGUUGAUGAAAGCCGUUGCUCAGGCUACCGGACGAACUCUCGAUAAAAUAAGGGCAGAAGUGAAGGAAAAAGGAGAUCUUGGGCUAGUUGCUGAGAGUAGCCGAGGUAACCAGAAAGUGAUGUUUGCUCCUCCAAAAUUGACAGUGGCUUCAGUAUUCUCUAAAUUCAAAGAAAUUGCUAAAAUGUCUGGAAAUGCUGCAAUGGCCAAGAAGACCGAUAAAAUUCAGACGUUGUUUGUCGCUUGCCGAGAUUGUGAGGCCAAAUACAUCAUCAGAUCACUAAGCGGGAAACUGAGAAUUGGAUUAGCAGAACAAUCUGUUCUUGCAGCUUUGGGCAGAGCUGUUGUUUUGACACCUCCUGGCCAAACAUAUCCUCCUGAUAAAAUUGACACCUCAUCUGGAAUGUCUAGUGAGAAAUUCAAGAAACUUCAGGAUGAAAAAACACUUAUUCUGAAAACUACCUACUGUGAAUGCCCUAAUUAUGAUUUGAUGAUACCUGUUCUUUUGAAAGAAGGUAUAGAUCGUCUUUCUGAACAUUGCCAACUUUCACCGGGCUGCCCACUGAAGCCCAUGUUAGCUCACCCUACAACGGGGAUUGAUGAAGUGCUGCAACGUUUCGUUAAUAAUGAUUUCACGUGUGAAUUUAAAUAUGAUGGUGAACGAGCUCAAAUCCAUAGAACAGACAAAGGUGAAGUUAAAAUAUUUAGCCGUAAUCAAGAAGAUAACACUUCAAAAUAUCCCGAUAUUAUUGCCAGAAUUUCUAAGGCAUUGAAAGAUACUACAAAAUCAUUUAUCCUUGACACAGAAGCUGUUGCUUGGGAUCAUGAAAUGAAACAAAUUUUACCCUUUCAAAUACUUAGUACUAGAAAAAAGAAAGAUGCUGCUAAGUCAGAAAUUGUAGUUCAAGUUUGUGUUAUGGCUUUUGAUUUGCUCUAUUUAAAUGGAGAAUCUUUAGUGAAGAAACCAUUGAAAGAAAGAAGAGAGCUCCUCCAUUCAUCAUUCGAUGAAGUGCCUAACGAGUUCAUGUUCGUCACCUACAAAGAUGGUAAUAGUGCCGAAACAAUGCAGGAGUUCUUAGAUGAGUCCAUUAAAGGUAACUGUGAAGGUUUAAUGGUAAAGGCUUUGAAAGUUGAUGCUUCAUAUGAAAUAGCCAAGAGAUCUCAUAAUUGGUUGAAGUUAAAAAAAGACUAUUUAAAUGGUGUCGGCGAUACCCUAGAUCUUGUUGUUAUUGGUGGAUACCAUGGUAAAGGCAAAAGGACAGGUACCUAUGGUGGAUUUUUACUUGCCUGCUAUGACAACGACAAUGAGGAAUUUCAAAGUAUUUGUAAAUUAGGUACUGGCUUUAAAGAAGAUGAGUUAGAAGCGCAUACAAAGUUCUUAAAAAACCAUGUUAUCAGUGCUCCCAAGUCAUAUUAUAGAUUUGAUCACAGUUUAGAGCCAGAUGAAUGGUUUGAACCCGAGCAGAUAUGGGAAGUUAAAUGUGCUGAUUUGUCUAUAUCGCCUAUCCAUAAAGCAGCCAUUGGUAUUGUUGACCCAGAGAAGGGCAUUUCCUUAAGGUUCCCCCGUUUUCUCAAAAUCAGGGAUGACAAAAAGGUUGAAGAAGCAACAAAUUCCUCUCAGAUUGCUGAAAUGUAUCGAAGACAAGAUCAAGUACAAAAUAUGAAAGCGAAACCUAAAAAUGAAGAAAAUUAUUACUGAACUGUCAAAAUAAUUUUUGUUGAUAACCUCAUUCUGUAUUUUUAAUUUCAUUAUUAUUGGCAUUUUUUAAAUAAAUCUGAU